AUGGCACGUCCACCACCAGGACCGAGCCAACCAAACGUCUCCUUCAAAACAGUCCCAGGCCGUAACCGAACGCAGAAAUGGAACACAGCACGAACCUACGACUACUCGGGCGGCGACUGGGGCGGCUACGAUCCUUACGACGACUAUGACUACGAGGAACCUCCUCCUCCUAUGCCUAGCCAGAGCCAGCAACCUCUACCUACACCGAUCGCUCAGUACCAGCAACCCUACGGUGGGCAAAGCUUUACGCGACCGAACAGACAGCAGAGCUUCGACGAAGGGGACGAGCGGCGAGCUUUUAGCGGGCCGGGUGCGUUUCCAGGAGCUAGAGGACCAUCUGGAAGUCCUGCGAGAAGCGCUGUGAGCAGUACGAGUGGCAAUGGUCGCCCAAGCCAAGACUACCCUCGUCCUUCGACGGCAAAUAGGCCACGCGACUUCACAAAUCCUGAGCAAGUCCCUCUGCCUCUCAGUAUGCGCGCAUCGCCCGCGCCUGGUACAGUGACAGGAGGCUACAUACCUCCACCUCGAAAGAGCAGCAUAAGCGCCGGUUCGCCUGCGCCAGACGCAGUGCCGAUGCCAGCAAAGAAAGAGGAGAAAGAACUGCCAACCGUACCCUUCGUCCGACCAAGCGACAUCUACAAGCGCGUAGAAGUGGAGCGGGAGAAAGAGCGCAAGAGCUCGAUGGAAUCUGCCGGCCGUCCUACGAUGGAUCAGCUGGGCAUCACAGACCCGUCGCGCUCUGGUUCGCAACCGCGGCCGCUGAGCAACGUCUACGAGACGCCGAUGGAAGAGCCUGCUUCUGAGCGUAUGCUGGGAAACAACAUGGGAGGUCCACUGCAGACGCCUGCCGAAUUCGACGAAGCGGCCGGCAGAGGAACGAGCCCAAGUCUACCGCCCGUGGAGAGUUUUGGCGGCUUUGGCGGUGAUAUGUUCUCCGGCAGCUCUUCGUCGAGGCCUGCGACGGCGACUCCCACGCGUGCGCCACCGGGACAGGACCCAGCGGCGGAUAUUCUUGCUGAGCGGUCGCAUGAUGUGCCGGUGGCGGAUGUUGGGCAGCAGGGCACGGUUGAUACCCAUGAUCCGGCGGCUUCGAUUAUGGCGGAGCGGUCGCAUGAUGUGCCGGUGUCUGAUGUUGGGCAGCGUGGUACACUUGAUAUGAACGAUCCCGCUGCGUCUAUCAUGGCGGAGCGGACGCAUGAUGUGCCAGUCUCGGACGUUGGCCAGCGAGGCACGGUCGAUACUCAUGAUCCCGCGGCUUCUAUCAUGGCGGAGCGGACGCAUGAUGUGCCGGCUUCCAGUGUUGGUCAGCGAGGCACCGUCGAUACUCAUGAUCCCGCGGCUUCUAUCAUGGCUGAGCGUACGCACGACGUGCCGGUGUCGAAUGUUGGCCAGCGAGGCACGCUAGACAACCAUGACCCGGCGGCUUCUAUCAUGGCGGAGCGGACGCAUGAUGUGCCGGUGUCGAAUGUUGGCCAGCGAGGCACUCUAGACAACCAUGACCCGGCGGCUUCUAUCCUGGCGGAGCGUACGCAUGACGCCCCAGCAUCUGACGUUGGCAAGCCGGGUACAGUAUCCUACAACGACCCUGCAGCUUCCAUUCUAGCUGAGCGGACACAUGGCACACCCGUCUCCCAAGUUGGUCGACAGCCAGACAGCCUCUCUCACCAGCCCAGCUCAGGCUACAGGAGCAUGGUCAACCAGGCCUUCGAUGCCUCGGACGCUAGGAAGCGCUCAAGCCCCGCCGCAGCGAUGUCCGCGUCACAGAGUACUCUCGACACCGAUGUCUCUAGAAGCAACACCACCACCUCUACUUCCACUUCCAACAUCAGCCCUAUCAUGUCUCGGGCCCCAGCUUUCGAAUCUUUUGCUCCCACCAUUGCCGAAGAGCCGCAAGGUCGAAGAUCUCUCGGUGAUGGUGUCAUUACGCCAGGCUAUCGACGCAGCUUGGAUCCUCCUUCCCAAGACAACUCACCUGCUCGUACGCCAGCUUUGGAGGACGCAAGCAGGAACCGUACCGUCAGUGGUGGUUUCACUGCAGAGACCGUCAACGAGGCCCUAGGCACCACUACCGGCCGACCUCGUGCAGGCACAGAUUACAGCGUCCGCGAGGCUGAUUUGGCGCGCGAAGUCAAUGCUUCUCCUGAGGCAGCUGGCUUCGAGCCUGGCACUGCUGCUCGCGAGCGCGAGUCACAAGAUCAGUUCUUGCAGAACAACACCUUUGCUGCCGCUUCUUCGCCUGUCGCAACAUCUGAGCCCGUCUCUGCCACCCGCUCCCCGUCACCCGGCAAGAGUCGCGUGCGCCAGCUCGCAGACCAGUACGACGACGCGAGUCGGAGGAACAGCCAGACGAGUCUCGGCGCUGCGAGUCGGAAGAGCAGCUGGAGUAACUUUCGCGGCUCGGACGAGAAUCUACCCAGCAGAGUUGCAGGUAGCAGCAGUGGUAUUCCGCAGCGUCAUGCUACUGAUGCUAGUAACGUUGUGAGCGAAAGCGACUAUGGUGGUGUUGAAGAGGGCGGCAUUAGGGACAGUCCUUCUGAUGCGCAGCCUCCAAGCGGUUUUGGUGCGGAGAGGCCUGGUAUGGGCAGGGAUAUGAGUUUCCGCCCACAGAUGCCUGGGGAGUGGGUCAGUACGUCGAACGUGCUCUCGAGGGCUGAGACACCGGCGUUGGGCCUUACUCAAACGCAGCAGCCAGAGGCAGCGACGAAAGCAGAUGAUACCACUGAUCGCACCCCGCGCGCUUCACGAGAAAUGCCCGUUGCGACAGAGCCAGUCGAUCUCACGCCUACAACACGAAAGGUGAAGCUUGAGCGGGCUCACCAGAAUGACCCCAGACCCGCAGGGCCGAUGCGCAUGGGUUCGGAGCAGAUCGACUUCUCGCCCACAGCCAGCAAGACACCGUCUGGAAACUACCCACAAGAGAACGACGGUCUCAUCAGUCAAGCCAAAUCAGCUGGCACAGCUUUGGGCGCCUCUCUCUUGUCGCAGAUGGGUCAAGGCCAUCAAACGCGCGAUUUUGGCUCUGCGCAGCCCGCGCAGGAAGUCGAGGUGCCUACCGAGCGCAACGCGACUGGUGAGCUGUGGUCUCAGCGCAACCCGGAACGACCGAAUUAUUACCGCGGCGAGACUGAUGCCAGCGUGGCCUCUACUGUCACGGCUGCUAGUCAUGAUAGCAGCAGUAUGGCGCCUACACCUGCUGGCAAGGAAGGGGAUGCUUAUUUCGCUGUCGCGCCUCUUCGAACGCGAGAGACCAGCCCCGAGGCGCCCGCUCCGUCCGGACUAUCUUCCUACUACAACCGCCCUGCAGAUGAGAGCUUACAUCGCGACGACAGCACAUUACGCCGCGAAAUCGUCCGCUCGCUCGACGGCGACAAGGACGACGUUGCGCGCACACAAGAUGCGCUGGACGCUCCAACUAACAUGUCUCGCGUCGCGCAAGGAGGCGAUGCUCUACCAGCCGCAGAGAUUAAUGACGAUAGUCCUUCCAAGCCGAAACCGCUUAUUCUUGAUCAGCGCUUUAGCUGGGAGAAGCGGCCAGAAAGCAGGGGGGCGCUUGAGACGCCUGAGAGAGCUGGUGGUGCUGCUUCGACGCCCCGCGACCGCUUCGGCAGCCCCAGCCCAGCUGCUAUCCCCCGCGUGCAGGAACCGGAUAGCAGUCCCGAGAUCAAACCCGAGAUGCCUUAUGAGCGACCUCGCAGCAGGAAUCUGCAUAUUAUGAAUGCGGAGAACUCGGAUUCGGAAGAUGAGUGGGAAAGGGAUGAUGAGAGGACGGAGGAGCGGGUGAGGGACUCGAUGGCUGCGGAGAGGGGGAUGGAGGUGGGGUUGCCGGUUGGGGUGGCGGGGUUGGGUGCUGCUGCUGCUAUCGCGGGGAGUGGAGACAGGGGGUUGGCCAGCCCGCCUUCGGAUGCUGGCAGGGAGAGUCCGAGACUGCCGAGUUAUUACUUCGAGCAACCCGGACAUUCCGGACUUGAGGCCCUCUCGCCGCAGCCGACACAAGAUACCGCCACGACCCCUGCCCUCGAGAGCCCAGCAAAGGACACCGGACCCGCCGACUUCGAAGCCUCCGCCCGCGACGCCACGGCCGCUUAUAGGAGUCCGACUACGUUUGACUCCAGCCCUCCACCACUACCAUCCAAAUCCCCACGACCAGGGCCCCCUUAUCAACCCACCUCCCCCACCACCCCCACCACAGCCGCCAGAUCGUCCGCCCCCAUCCCCCCCUUCCGCAACAUCCUCGCCCUCAAAACCCCCUCGGCGCGCAUCGAGACUUACAACUCCACCCGCCAGACCUUUGCGGAAAUGCACACGGGGCUGUCCGACUGGCUGGCGACUAUGAUCGAGCAGAACCCGGAGUAUGCGAAUUUGGCCACGGCGCCGCAGGCGACGCUGCAGCCGUCGGGGACGUUUAAGGGCGGGCAUCGGGCUACUCCCUCGUUGGCGAAAUUCGGGCCUAAAUCUUUCGGUCUCGGCGGAAGUGGUGGAGGAGGGGAGGCACCGCAGCGGUCGCAGUCUGUAUCAGCGGGCGCUUCUCUAGGCGGAGCUGGCGCUGGUGCUAGUGCUAGUGGCGGUGCGGGUGCAGAGGGCGGGGGCGUGGAUAUGGAGAAAUUACAACAACGCGGGAAGGCUGUGAUGAAGGGUGCGGGGGUCUUGGGCGGGAAGGGUGUGAGUGGAGCGAAGGGCUUGCUUGCGAAGGGGAGGAGCAGGUUUGGGACGCAGAGGGAGAGUCGGAGCGCUUCUGGUGGGACUGCGGGGAGUGGGGCGGGGGCAGGGGCGGGGGGUGGGAAGGCCCCUUCCACGUCGAACACAAUUCCUGCCCAGUCGAGUCCGCGCCCGCCUUCGCGGCACCCUGCUUCGUUUGCGGACCCUGCUCCUUCGAGUCCUGCUCCUCCUGACACGAUUGGGUUUGCUUUUCCGGGAGAGAGCGCGGACGCUGCUACGGCCUCUCAUACCUCUGGCCCUCCUACAACAACCUUUGCUUUCCCCGAAGACACCGCUGGCGCCACUAUGGCGUCUCAUGCCUCGCCUCUCCAACCUCCGAACAUGAGUUUUGCUCCACCUUCGCCUUCAUAUUCCUCCCCAUCUACAAACACCCUUCCACCACCCCCUCAACUCUCUCAAGAUCCAGAGCAAGACCAGCCUAAGAGACGUUCCCCAAUCCCUGCCCCUCGCUUCGGAACACCGGACCUCGUCCCCGCCUCCUCGGAGAGGGAGGGCUGGAGGAAUGAGGUAGGGGACGAAGAGAGUGCGCCGGCGAGGGUGACGAGUGUGCUUCCGGGAUUGGUUGGGUUGUUGGGGGAGUUGACGCAAGUGCCUACGAAUGACUCGGCAACGGCUGGGGAGGAGAAGAGCAGUGACGUGGAGGCUGAAGGGGCGCCAGGGGCGCUCAGAGGGGAUGCUUUGCGCACUGCACCUGUGGCGGAGGAUGUGGCUCGGACUGGGAGUGUAGAUGCGUCGAGGGAGGUGGAGCAGACGGCUUCGCUUGCUCCGCCAGCUACUGGAGGCGAGGAUAUGUCGAGAUUGCAAGCGGAAACAACGUCGACACUUCCACCGCCCACCGAAGCUAUUGCGCCCUGGCUUGCUUCUCCAGCGCCUGAAGGAGCGGCAGAACCGCUAUCGCAACCACAAACGUCAUCAACGCUCUCCCCGCCCAUCGAAACCACCGCGCCGUCACGCUCGCAGACCCCUUCCUCGUGGUCGUCCGCCAGUCGUCCACUCAGCAGGACGUUCUCGCGGCUGAGGGAGCGGAGUCGGAGUUUGAGCAGGAGUUUGAGCAGGAGGGGGAGUAAGCGGAAUAGUCGGGCUCUUUCGGAACUCAGGACUGUCGAAGACGCACCUGCAGCCGUUCAUACGAGCAGCAUGGGUGGUGGUGAGAGUGUUGGGGGUGGUGUGGAUGCUGAGAUUGCUCCGUGGGCUGAGCCGAGCACUCAUGGUGAAGGAGGACGAGGGGGAUGGGAAGACGCUGAGGCGGAGAGGAGCGGGACGCCGGCGAGGUUGGGCGUGUUGCCUAGUCCGACUGCGGGAUCGUUUUGGAAUACCGGGGAGGUGGAUGGGAGGUUGGGCAGUGCGGGACGGGAUGGAGAUGUGGAGGAGGAGAGGCCGGUGACUGCUUUGCCUGUUGACAAGGAUGAGGACGAGGAUAAGCCGCGCACCGCUUGGCCGAUCGAUCCCACUGGAGGUGCGGUUGAAGACGAACCACGUACUGCCUCUCCAGUAUCUGAGACUGAGGAUUCAACUUCGAGAAGAGGCAGUGGAGUGCAGGAUCUCACCAGGACUGCAGGUGGACGUUCGAUGAUGCCAGAUCUGACGGCGUUGGCGAACCAGCUGCAACCUGAGCCUGAUGAUGGCGAAGAAGAGUUAUAUCAGACAACGCCUACUGCUGUACGCAAGGCUGCGUUCCCCGAUGCUGGUGACCGAGAAGAGGAUGACAAUGUGCGGGAGGAUUGGCGCUCUGCUGAUUCGCGGGAGAGGGCUGUGAAUGAUGCCGAUGUCUCUCCGAGUGAGUAUAGCGAAGAUGCUGAUAGCCAAAGCGCAGGGAGUUAUAGGAUCAACACCAAAGCGGCCGCCACUGCUGAACCUGAAGACGAGAUCAAGGAGGUGCCCGUAUCGCCCGUUACAAAGCAAGAUUUCGUUAGUGCCAUCGCUGCUGCGUCGACAGCUACAAAAGAGAAGGACCUGCCACCCCUUCCGAUGGAACAGACAAACGAUCCUUCAGUCGCCAGAAGCCUCGUGUCGUCAAAGGACGAAUUCGAAGAUGCAAGGGACGGGGCUGAGCUGGCUCCAGCGGAAAAGCCUCCCUCACGACGUUCAUCCGUGUCAAGUUUGUACGACGCUGAGGAUGAGAUGGUAACGCCUGCUGCGCCCGCGUAUUAUGAUGAGCAGGUUGGCGUUAACUACGACAAGGGAAUGCCGCGGGGGUCCUUGGUCGCGCCGAACACGAGCGGCCAGCAAGAUGCUUCUACGAAUCGGAGUACACUUUCGGUCGCGCAAGGACAGUCACGUCCACAUUCGUACCUGGAACUUGGAGUCGACGCGAGUGGAGCGCCGUUGCAGGAGACGCUGACUACGUCCUCCAGGAAUGCUAGCACUGCUCCCAUUGACACCAGCUCCAUAACAUACCAGCCGCAGUUUCCCGAACAGAGUCCAACAUCGCCAGCCUCACGACUUAAGCGACAGUCUGGAGUACCCAAGGGUCGAAGGCCAACAUUGACGACUCCAGUGGCGGAAGUGUCGCGAUGGCAUAUUGCAGACGACCACGGGCUCGAAGGUCUGCACGAUGCAUCCAACAUCGUCGCUGAUGAUGACCAUCUGCAUCACGAGGCGGAGGCCCCAGAGAAGCCCAGCAAGCGACGUUCUGGCAUUUGGGAUACGCUGAAACGCACAUCUAGCCGCUCGAGAGAUCGAGUCAAUUCACGGCAGAGUCUGAGCACAGAGAAGACUUCCAGAGCGACCAGCAAGAGCCGACAAGACACAGAGAAGACUUCCAGAGCGACCAGCAAGAGCCGACAAGACACAGAGAAGACCUCAAGAGCGACCAGCAAGAGCCGACAAGACACACCUCGAUCAGGGACAUUAAAGAAGCAGCAGCGUGCCUCGACUACACCCGCCGAGCUCGAACCGAAGAAAAAGAAGCGCUUCUCAGGUCUUGGUUCUCUGUUCGGCCGCUCCAACACAGAAAGCAAGAAGCCUGAGAAGAGCGCCAAGCUGACGAAAACACCACCUGCCAGAGCCAGCAUAUCGGAAAUGCAGACUGAACCAUAUGGCAGACGAGAGGCACGGAAGUAUCAGCUGCAGGACGCACCGCCUCCGAUUCCAAGUGCUUAUUCUCGAUCUUCGACGGAGCUUCGCUCGCCAGGGCCGCUUUCUGAGCCACCUGAACCGGUGCCUAGAGUGGACUAUGAGUACUGGCAGAACGCGCCUUCGGGGAGGUCGUAUGGUUCGCCGCCGCCGCAAUCUGGGCAGCACCAUGGUCAAGGACGGAGGCAUGUCUCAGCGCCCACGAACAUCAUGGGAGACUAUCGUCCUGUGCAAGAAUACUAUGGAAGCCCACCAGGACCAUCCGACCAGUCUCCGCCAGACAUGCCACCCUAUCAGCAAACGUAUCCUCAGCGGCCUUCAAUGUCAGAGUACGCAGUCUCUACUUCUCACCGAAGGAGGCAUUCGUCCUACUACGACAACUACCAGCUCUCACCACAAGCUUCUGGCCAGUCCAAUCACGAGUACUCAGACUGGCAGCCUUUCGGCCCAUCGCCACCUAUAUCUCCUGUUCAGACGAGAAGUGGUACGAAUGCUUUCCCGCCUGGUCAGAACUUCGAUGUCGGUCCCAUCAGCGAGGACAACCCAAUGUCAUACGGUGCGCUGGUGCCCGAACAACAGCAGAAACUAUGGGCCAUCCACCUUCCCCGCAACGACAGACAAUGGACCCACGAAUUUGAGCGAGAUCCUUACCCAUCCACAGGCAGCGGCAGUCAACAGACCAGGCCCCUUCCUGAAUCGUAUGUCCCUCGCGGCGCGCCUCCUCUGCAGCAGGGUCGCUCCUACCAGCAAUCUCCGAAUCCGUAUCCAAUGCCCACGCCACCAGUUCCGCAGAACCUGCCGCAAGAUAUGUCGCGAACGAUGUCGCCAAACUUCAGUCGACGGACAUCGUCCGGGUUUCCUGCUCGGCGGGAUGGAGCUGCGGCUGGCGAAGAGGCGGGACAGAUGAAGGGGGUGAGUUACCCGGGCCAGGAAUGGACUCCUGGGCGAUCGGUUUGA